UCAUUCGAUUUGCGGAAGUGUCAUGACAUAGUCUGUCGCCAGAUCAAAAUGUUCAACCCUGUUUCAUUUCUCAAGGCGUUGGAUGACGAAAAGGACUUUUUCCGUCCGUUGGAAUAUUCUUUGGUGGUUGCAGGAGUUACAUUGCGAACCAGUAAUCCGAUUGCUCGAGGUCUGUUUAACAUCUAUAGAUGUUUACUAAUUAUGCAUGUGUGCCUUUGGUUCGAGCGUCUGCGUUACUGGAUAUCAGAUAGUGAGCGGAAAACAGAAAUGAUAGGAUCAAUAGCUUUUCUAUGUGAGCUAACGGUAGUGUUGAUUCGAGUUGGAAUAACCUAUCGUUACCUUAACACGAUUCGGAAUGUACAACAAUUUCUCCGGCAACGUUUCGAUGACUAUCGGAAUCCAGAUAGAAACCGGUCGUAUCGCAAGAUCCGUCUGGUUGUAGUGAUGCUAAUUGUGUCGUAUGUUUCCGUCCUUUUGAUGCAACUAUUUUUUGGCGUCCUUGAAGAACCUUUCUUUGUUGCCCCUCCCCAUCUACUUCAACAAAGGUUUUUAGCAACAUGGUUCAAGUACAGAAUACACGUUACAUUCGAUGCGAUAUUCACUUCAAUCUUCACGGCAAAUCUGACGAUCAUCAACAGUUAUUUAAUUGCUUUUGAUGUUGAGGUGAAACAAACUUCGACUGCAUACAAAAAAUUGACACAGAAGGUCGACGAGAUCGUUAAACAAAACAUUAUCAACAGUUCAGAACUGACAUUCAAACAACGCAAGAUGAGCAAAGAAUUGAGAUUUAUAACGGUGCUGAAACAAGAACUUUUCAUCGUUAUCAAAAGCCACAUUGACUUGAUGGAUCAGUUGCAUGAUCUGAAAAAAUUUCUAAACUUAACUUUCAUGUGUAUGUUCUAUACCCAGAUAGUAGUAUCAGGAUGCCUGUUGUUUUUCAUAACAUUAGACAAACUAACCCUUCUAGCUGUAGCGAUGCUAUCCUAUGGUUUUACAGGAAUGCUCGAGUGCUUUUGGUAUUGUCAACUAACGAAUAACCUAAGCGAAUCGAAUCAAGCGGUUGGAAAUGCGGUAUACUCUACGGACUGGUCCCAUAGGCUUCACUAUUACCCGGCAGUUCAGGCAGACUAUCGAGAGAUUCGCAACGCCCUACUGAUUGUUAUGAUUAACUCGCAGAAAAAGUUGGGUAUCAGUUGCGGUGGGCUGUUCGAGAUGUCGAUUGAGGCCUUCUCAGAUUUCAUGAAAAUGACUUACAACUGUUUAAUGUUUCUACUGAAUGCUACUCGAAAAUAAAAUUUUACUGAACUAAAA